AUGGCUCUACUCUCGCUCUUUGGCCUCUCCAUAUCACUCAAUCUUCUCUGGCCACCUGGGGGAAAGUCACCAGCAGUGUCUCGGUUCCUCAAGGACGGCGCUGUGAGUGCCACAACAUUCUAUGCAGUGACAGUACUCAGGUAUCUAUUAUUCACUGAUCCUCCUUUCACUAAUGGUUACAAGGAUUUUACUACAGACAAAGAGAGGAUUCCUCAGGUUGUCUUUGCGAGGCUUGCCUUGUCGGCGUUACUGACAUCUCCACUAUACUAUUCGAAUUAUGACGUAUCGUUUGUGUUGUACAUGUCGUUGUUCACCAUAUCGUUGUUCAUCGGUGGGAUGAAACAUGCUUAUAUCACGCUUCUCUGCGGUUUGCUGUGUUGGCUUUUUGGCAUUUGUUUUUCUAUGUACGGCGAACACAAUAUGGGUUCCCCUCUUCCUGCUUAA